AUGAAGACCAACGGUGAAGCCGUUAUUAUGGACAUACUGAACUCCAGGAUGGCUUUUGGCUGUCAAAAACGGAUAAAAUUCGGCUGCAGGCUGUUGACUAAAAUCGCCGACGAUGACAGGGCGAGCCACCAGUUGUUUUUUGGUAAACCUAGGAUUUUCCUUAACGAUCAAAGGCACGAACAUCCAACAUGGUCUGCCUUUAGGCAAGACCUUGGGCAACUGAAUUUCAGGAUAGAUCGACAGAGCCUUCCGCAAAAUUUCAAACUUCUCGAUUCUGUUGCUUCUGUACGCUUCUUGACGCUUCAGCUGUAUCUCGCCACAGGCUCCUUGAAUUUCCAUCGGUCUAACACGUAUCUUUGGUUGCGAAACAUUCCUACACCAUCCAUGAGCUCGCAAGAUCCGUACGCAGUCAGCGUAGUCGUCGUCGUUGGUUACGAUCAUUCCUCCCUCCAUGGUGACGAGAUGAUGAGAAAAGAAAAAUGA